AUAAUGAAGAAUACUUCAAUAAGAGCAGUCCUGAUGAAACACGUGAUCUAAUUGAGAGAGCCCUUGCAUCAGAAGUUGCACGACAAGAUAAAGAAAGACAAACUACUCUACCUGGACCCACUGUAUUUAGUCAGACUAAACGCACACAAAAACCUGGGCUGACUGGUACAAUGAAGGAAGACAUAGUGGAAACGUUAAGAGAAAUGGGUGAAAAUAAAUCUGAAGCUCUUAAGCGCAUUGAACAGAGGUUAAAGAAAGCAGAAAACACGGAUUCAAGUGAUUUUUAUUUUUCACUUUGGGAUUUUGGGGGUCAAAGUUUUCAUUAUAUUACGCAUCAGGUAUUUUUGGCAUAUAGGGUAAUUUACAUCUUUGUAACUGAUCUUACAAAAGGACUUGACGAUAUUUUAGAACUGGAGCCCCAAGAUCAGACAGCAAGAUAUUGGAAAGAAGAUAUGCCAUUGAAAGACUACAUGCGUUUCUGGACAAAUUCAAUUCAUACCCAUGCAAUGAGGGAUUUUGCUAUAAAGGCACAUGGACAAGACGAGAGUGAAGAACACACCAUUGUUGCACCACCAGUUAUAAUUGCAGGUACAAAGAAAGAUUUACUUGAAGGGGAUGUUGAAAAGGAAAGCCAAGUCCGUUUAUGUAAAUUAAGAGAAUAUCUCAGGCAACAUACAAAAUCAGCAUGGGAUAGUCACGUUACUUUUCCAAUGUUUGCUCUUGAUAAUAAGUCUAGACAAGACGAUAAGACGACUGAUCCAUCGGUAGAACGCCUCCGAAAACGGAUACAGGAACUCGCUAAAGAAUUUUGCUUUCUCGGUGAAAUUUCUGUCAAUUGGCUAAUACUAGAGCUAACGCUUAGAUCCGAAGAGAAGGAGACACUGCAAUUAUCCGAAGUACACAGAUUAGGCAAAGAAAGGGAUCUGUCCACUGCAGAGAUUAACGAUGCGUUGAAGUACUUCCAUGAUGUUGGAGAGAUCAUUCACUUUGCUGAUGUCCGUGAACUUAAAGAUACUGUAAUCAUUGAUCCACGAUGGUUGAUAAACUUAUUCAGGUUAUUAAUUACAAAUACAGUUUCAUACAAGACUAAUCCUGAGCUAUCUUCCGAACUGCUGAAAAUGUUUGAUGAACUAUACAACCACGGAAGGAUGAAGAAGGAGUUAGUUUCACAGUGGCUCAAAUUGCAUGAUCGCCAGCAGGAUACAGACAUUCUCUUGAAAGUUCUUGAAAUGUUUGAUAUUAUUUGUCAGUCCACUCUAGAAAUCGACGUAUACUACUUCCCGUGCCUACUGCAAAGCAAGCUACAGGAAAACGUGCUGUUCCCUUCAGAGUAUAAGUCUUGUGAUCCGUUAUAUUUUCAUUUUCGUGGUAACUUUUUACCGGAAGGAUUAUACUACCGUCUGAUUGUUCGUUGUUUAAGACAACAUUCGGAAGCCGUGCUAUUCCAGGAUCAUGCUCGUUUUAUUCAUAACGAGUCUAACGACCACCACUUUACUCUGUGUAGAAAGGGAGCGGACAUAGAAUUAAAGAUGUUACGACCGGAUAUUUUAGGCGAGCGAAUAAUUCCACAUCUUUAUGAGAAGGUACGACAAGAAGUGGAAACCUCCCUUAAUGAGUUAAUUCGGAUGUACACACCGGGUUUGACGUAUCACAUAUGCGUGAAGUGUGCUUGUGGUGACCACAGGGAUGGUAUAUGGAUACCGCAAAUAAAUGACAUAGAUGAUGGAUGUACAGAUAUCACCCCCGUAUUGGAUCAAGGUGUUAAACAAUUACAUUGUGCACGAAAAAAGAUGCUGGUAAACGUGUCCGCAAUUUCUUACUGGUAUAAAGAAUCAAGACAGUCACCAAGUAGAACAUUUGAAGAGAUCGUCCACUUAUUCUGUUACCUGGAUUCACAGCUAGAUUCAGAGCUAACUCUUAGAUCCGAGGAGAAGGAGACAUUGCAAUUAUCUGAUGUACACAGAUUAGGCAAAGAAAGGGAUCUGUCCACUGAGGAGAUUGAAAAGGCGUUGAAGUACUUCCAUGAUGUUGGAGAGAUCAUUCACUUUGCUGAUGUCGAUGAACUAAAAAAUACUGUAAUCAUCGAUCCACGAUGGUUGAUAAACUUAUUCAGGUUGUUAAUUACAAAUACAGUUACAUACAGAACUAAUCCAGAGGUAUCUUACGAACUGCUGAACAUGUUUGAUGAACUAUACAACUUAGGAAGGAUGAAGAAGGAGUUAGUUUUACAAUGGCUCACAUUGCAUGAUCGUCAGCAGGAUACAGACAUUCUCUUGAAAGUUCUUGAAAUGUUUGAUAUUAUUUGUAAGGAUCAGUCUACACUAGGAAUUGACGUAUACUACUUUCCGUGCCUACUGCAAAGUGAGCCUCGAGAAAACGUGCUGUUCCCUUCAGGGUACAAGUCUUGUGAGCCGUUAUAUUUUCAUUUUUGUGGUAAUUUUUUACCAGAAGGUUUAUACUACCGCCUGAUUGUUCGUUGUUUAAGACAACAUCCGAAAGCUGUGCUAUUCCAGGAUCAUGCUCGUUUUAUUCAUAACGAGUCCAACAAUCAUUACUUCACUCUGUGUAGAAAAGGAGCCGACAUAGAAUUAAAGAUGUUACGACCGGAUACUUUAGGCGAGCGAAUAAUUCAAUAUCUUUAUGAAAAGGUUCGACAAGAAGUGGAAACCUCUCUGAAGGAGUUAAUUCGGAUGUACACACCGGGUUUGACGUAUCACAUAUGCGUGAAGUGUGGUUGUGGUGACCACAGGGAUGGUAUAUGGUUACCAGAAUUAAAUGACAUUGAUGAUGGAUGUACAGAUAUCACGCCUGUAUUGAAUAAAGGUGUUGAACAAUUACAUUGUGCACGGAAACAGAUGCCAGUAAACAUAUCCGCCAUUUCCUACUGGUAUAAAGAGUCAAGACAGUCACCAAGUAGAACAUUUGAAGAGAUCGUCCACUUAUUCUGUUACCUGGAUUCACAGCUAGAUUCAGACCAUUUCAAGACUAUUAAAUCCCGUUGCAUUGAUUAUAUUCCCUACGGUAUAUUAGAGAAGAAAGAUGGGGCAUUUGAUGUAUUUUAUGAAUUGUCUAAGCGCCUAGUAAUAUCUCCAAGAAACACAUCUUUCCUAGAGGAUUUAUUAUCCUAUGCAGGAAAGCAGAGUCUGGUGACUUUAAUUGAACGGUUUCAUCGCGGAAAAACCCCAGUAUCCGUAUCAACUGGUGGUGGCAAGAAACGAAGAAUUGAUUCUACACCUUAA